CUACUUCCCGUCCAAUGUCCAUGAUGAUAUCGUCGCGGCUGCAUUCGCGAGUACGACAAGUUGACAACUACUCUUCCCAAUGAGCCAGCGAAUCACCCUUUGGCAGCCCAGGCGUUCUGUUACUUCAGACGAAUCUUGCACGACGGUUGUCAAAUAUUCAUACAAGAACAUUGCCGUACGCGCGCCCUACGAAACUUCUCAAGCUGCCUCUGCGAACGGCCCUCUGGCAUACAUACCCUCACUCCAGUCUUUAUGCAUUAGAAUACUGUCUGAAUAUCCGGAUCAGCUGCACGUACUUGGACCCAUACGGCUGCCCUACCAUCCGCCGACAGCAGAAGGUGACCGCGACUUACUUCGGGAGCUCAUCUCGGCAUAUCAAAGUGACCCGCCUACAUCUGAACAUGAAAUCCUUGGGACGGUGGAUCCACGUCUCUGGGCAACGUUAGUCCAGCUGUAUGGUGGUCUUCCAGAGCACUUCCGGACAUACAAGAUUCCCCUAGCGGACCCGUAUCUUCCUCUGCUUCAAAUUAUCCCUUCCAACCCACAUUUCGCUCUAGUCACAGUUGUAGAAUUGCCAGCUUGUUGUGAGCUAAACGACGACACUAUCGUACAGCUUGGACAGCUUCAUGCUUUAACCGCUUUGGAUGCCAGUGCCACGUCCUUGACGUCUUGGGGGGUCAGAACGCUGGCGAAGACCCUUGUGAAACGGGUAGACUCAUCUUUGCAUUCGGCUGCGCUCUCUGGCCCUUGGGCUCUCAGGAUGCUGUCUUUCCGUCACUGCAUACACAUAGACAAGGAUGUGAUACCCAGUCUUCAACUGUUUCCUCUCCUCAGUGUGGUCGAUCUUACAGGAACCAAAUAUACCCGACCCGUAGACCGCAAUACCCCGUUCCGCCCUGAUGGCGACCCUAAACUCUACCAUCCUGCUUCGCUCUUUAAUGCACUGGACACACUAGACGAGAUCUCCCGCGUUUGCCAAGGCGUAUCUAUCUACCCACAUCCACAGCCGUUCCUCUUGCAUGUCGAUUCCUUGGAGCACAGAAGAGUCAGCCCCCUCAGAUCUGCAAGUAUGCUCAGGGCGAAACCGGGUUCUACUGGAAGAGCUGCUUACGGCCAGCAUGCGGGACCGCUGCGCCAGCAUGCCAAUGACCAUGAGCGAAUAGCAGCUGACGAAGCUCGGCGACAUGCUUCGAGGGCGGCUGCAACCGUGUUCUAUGCCUCCAGCGAGACUUCGUCCUUACCGCCGGUGCUUCCGAAGUUCGGUGAAAUCUACAAUCACACCACGUCUAUUUCGCCCGCGAAUCGCGCAAAGUCAAUCGCAGCAAGGCACCCUAAUCCAACAGCCGAUCAAAGCUCGCAACGACUAUUCCGCGAGCCUCCUCCCUGGGCAGUGCUUGAGACAAUGCGCUCCGAGAUCUCUGGCGAAGCUGAUACGAACAGGCCUCGGUCACGCAUCAGCGUUGAUGAGCAACCUCUGUCUUCAACGGCUCUAGUCACGAGCCAGAGAGCUACGGAAUCUGUUGGUGCAGUCUUCAGCAUGCUCAAGAGCAGGCUCGCAAUCGACAAGACACAGGCCGCAAAAGACAAGACGCCCCGAACGACGAAGUCUACCGUCAAUCCCUUUUCAAGAAAGAUGUUCGAGGAUGCCUUCAACCUUCGUGAGUCCCAAGUAGAACAAUCCGGACUCACGAAUGGGCCGCGCAAAAUGCGACGUGUAUCUGCCGAGGAUAGCUCGCAGGACGAUAUCGAACCGGAAAUCCCAAAGUCUAGGCUCCCGAUACCCCCUCGUUCCACGAAGCCUACGAGGCCAAUAUCCACACUUCCAGUCCCACCCCUACCGCCUAGUCUAAAAUUGACAAUCGGGGGACCCGACAGGGCGAUGCUGCGAAAAAGCUCUGGGACACCUGUCCGGCUGCAUGCAGAUACGGUCCAGACAAAGUUGAAUGCUUAUCUGAAGGAGGACGCGACGAGGGGCCGGACCUCUAGUGCGGGCUUCCAUCUUGGCGUGCGCGGGUCCGCCACAGACAUUGCGCCUGUCAAUACAGGAGAGCCGUCGGAAUUCCAGGCGCAAGGCUGGAGUAGUGCUACGAAGAAAAAGCGGAAGAGCUCGGACUCGGACUCGUCGUUUGAUUGGAAAAGAUGGGGUGGCACGUAGUAAUAGAAUACACAGCAUUUAAUUGGAGCAGCGACACGACUAUUCUCUGCUUAUCGUGCAAUGCAUUCGAGGUGU